AUGAGUAGCAAAAACAAACAACAACCUCAAUUGGCCUCACUUUUUUAGGAAAAUCUAAGUAAUAGCAGCAGCAAGGAGGACAGCAAGUACAAAUCAAGUUCAAACAUUACUGUGGAGAAUGAAAAUGUCAAUAAGAAGAGACUAAUGCAAGUUGCUCAGCUUUAGUAAAAGAAUUAAAAUCAAAGUAUAUCUGAGAGCGACAACGAAUGCGAGAUCGAUGACUGUGAAUUGGACAAGACUCUCCUUUAGAAAUCUCCAAGUGUCAGGCAUGGGAGUCAACUUAAGAAAUUGAACAAAGCUAAGUCUGAUGCAUUAGAAGAUUUCUAGAAUUCUGUUGGUCAGUCACUAGAUCAAGAAGACAUUUCUCAGACACCAAAUAAUUCUACUCUGGCAAUUAGAGAUAGAAAAAUAUUGAUAUCAAGACAAUACUCUGAUAAUCCAAAACGACCAGAUUAAAGUCAAUCGCCUCCAUGCCAAGAAGAGGUAGAUAAUAAGCUAGACGAGUCAAAUAAACAUGACAUGAGUGAAAUAGCAAUAGAAUUAAACGCACCAAAGCUUAAAUCUUACAAGAGUAACAGAUCAAAGAUCUCAAAUGAACAGAGCUUUUCUAAAUAAAAAAUAAAUUCGAUUGUGUAUAAAUCUCCCACUUCAGAAUAAAUGAAUGGCAAAAGAAAAUUUGAGACUCCCUAGCCACUACCGGUAAUUGAAAAUCAGAUAACCAAAUAAGCUGACAUGCCUAACCUAUCUCACAGAGUAGUUGGAGCAAUAUUAGUGGUGGAAGAUGAAAAUGUAAUGAAUGAUACAUAUCAUGAUGCCGACAGCUUGAUAAUGUCAGAGCGGGGAGAUAUUACGACUAAGAAUAUCAACACGAAAAAUUCAAAUAGGCUGGAAAGAAGAGCACCGAUGCCACUCAUGUAUCAGUCAAUCAUGAAAAUGCCUUCAAACAAUCUGAUAACUGAAGGAUCUGAUAAUGAGAACUAGCCUAAUAAAGUAGUCGUUCCCUAUAAAGUGAGAAUGAGUGAUAAUAGUCAUCAAUUAAGAAUCAGAAACAAGGCACUUAUGCCUGUCAAGAAAAAUAUGGACUUUACAGCCUAGAACUUUGGCAGUUAGGAUGGAGCUGAUGUUUUGAAGUUAAAUGAUGAGGAAAGUGGAUUAAUUAUAAUUAGUUAGAGAUAAAGACCUGUAGAUGAUCUAGAACAAGCUUGCUCAUAUUUGUCCUGGGAGCCAAAAGACUUCCAUCUAGAAGGCGAGGAUUUUAUAGGCCAAAUGACUAAAAGUUAACCCUUUUCAAUUGCCUAUCAGCAGGAUAUUGAGUAUAAUCAGAAUAUCUUUGAAGAUUGUGGUGAGACUAGAAUGUUCUCAUUACUUCAGUAGACCCCUAAAUACACUCUAGGUUCAACUAUUAAAAAGAAUUUACAGAUGUCUCAGCUAAAUAGUGUUCAUAAAUCAAGUAUCUAUCUCGAAACUCUUAACAAUCAGAAUCCAGCUGAUGAGCCAACAAUGAAUUUGAAUAGAUUAACAGUAACCUAAGGAGGUGAUAAUCAAGUUUACUAAAAUGUUUCUAAAUUUUACAACACUCAAGCCUCAAUGAUGUAAGCAGUUGGUAAGAAAAAGCGCUAAAUGCAAUUAAUUGAAGCGUAAGCUAAUGGCAGAAGAGUCCGCUAAGAACUUGAGUAUUCCUAAUAUUAAGACUUUAAAGAGUACAGUUUGCCAUCAGGUUUUAUUAUAAUAGAUAAGGAGGGUCCAUUAAGUAUUUAAGAUUCUUAGCUAUAGGAGAUUAAUGGUGUGAAUGGCUCAUAAGUAUUCCUAGGCUAAAAUAACUCUCUCGUCUUUAAGAAUUAACAAUCCGAUCAGUUGACCAUCAAAAUAGUAUAAUUUGAAUUAGCUUCUCCAAUGGUUGUUAAUGAUUAUGAUACACCCAAAGACCAUAGCAAUUCUCUUGAGACUGUAUUGAUAAAUAUUAUUUAAGAUGAAGAGUCAGAGCAUAAAGAUGAUUCAGAAGUAGUUACUCCCAGAACUAAAACCAUAAUAUUCUAGGAUUGCGCAUUUAUAUAAGAUGGUAGGCAUGAGGAAAUGGCUGACGUAUCCCCAAGUUUUCUUUCUAAAAAAUGCAUGAUAGCAGUUAAAGUUCAGAACUUCAGCAAGCAUGUAAACUACGACAUCUAAUUUGUGAACUGCAUUUUCUUGGGAUAUCAUCAUGCCAUUGUAUGCAAUGAAGGCAAUAUAUCUAUUAGCACCUUCAGCUGUACUUUUAAAAAGCAGAAGCAUGAAAGUAUUAUAGGAAUAGAUCUUAAGCUAAUUAAGCUCUCAUAGUCUAUUUUCAAGAAAAGCACUCUUUCAGAUUGCUAUAAAUCAGCAGUCAUGCUUUAAUACAAUGAGAAGUAACAAUCAAAAGAUCCUAAAAUCAUUGAUAUUCAGGGUAGCACUUUUAGAAAGUGUCAAGGCAUUGCUUUAACUGUAGUAGGCAAUGAGUAAGAGGUCCAAAAGCUCAGCUUCUUUAUGAAAGAUUCUAAAUUUUCACUUAAUUAGGGUCAAACAGCAGUUAAGUUUGAGAAUCUGUAGGGAUUUCAAUAUGGCAGAUUCGAUUAUAGGGAGAGUAAUUUAACAAACAAUUAUCAUUCAACAAACCCCUCGCCAGAGCGAUUAUAGAAGUAGGAUCAAAUGAUUAAAAUAAUGGAUUGCGAGGUAUUAGACAAUAAACGCAAUGGAAUUGAAAUAAAUAAUGUUCUCGCUGGCUUUUCAAUUAAAAGAUGCAACUUUAAGGAAAAUAAAUAUUCAGGGGUAUAUAUAAAUCAGAUAAAAACUGAUACUGAAACCGCAAUCUGUAACUGCUGUUUAAAAGCGUAGGUUAGAUUGACUGAGAACUUUAAGACUGAGGGAGGGGAGUCUCAAUUACUUAUGUCGCAAUCUCCUAGCAAGCUGGUUACAAAGUAAACAAUCAACAAUAUCAGCAAAAUUAGUGAAUGCCUCAUUUCAAUGAAUCAGAUGCAUGGAAUUGAAAUAAAGAAUUACAAAUAGAAUGACCUCAAGAUUGAGUAAAAUACUCUUGAGGAUAAUUUUUGUGAUGGAAUCAAUGUGCUUCAAGAUGAGGGGUUGGAAGACCAUUCAGUUCUCGAUUUGAACAACUCAAAGAACAAAUCAUCAAUUAAUAUUAGUCGCAGUCCCAGUAAGAUGACUAUCAUUAAGAGGAAUUUGAGACCUUAAAUGAGUCAUACCAAACUUCACCUAGGAUACAACAAAAUUAAAUCAAAUAAAAACUGUGGACUUUACUAUGCAUCUCCCUUAAAUAGACUUCUUUACUCGUAUUUGAUUGGCAAUGUGUUUGAGAAUAAUUUAAACACUGAUGUUUUUGUAUAAGAGGAGUCUGUUUUUAAAAUGAUUUUCUUCCUAAAGUUGUAAGGGAAGUAAAGCAACACAUUAGAAUAGCCCAUUUAAAAAGGUUUUGAUAAUGAAGAAGGAUAGUAGAACUAUAUAUAGCUGACUUGCACUGAAGACUCACAAACAGACGACUUUAAAUAAAAAAACAAAAAGUCUAUUAAGAAAUAUUCAGGCAGUGUUGAAUCAAGUGGUAAUAAGUAAAAUAGAAAGCCGAUGAACAAGAGACAAAGUAUGUCAGCAUGUUUUGGCAAAAUAUGCAAACCAAGUGGCAACAUUAGAGGUCACAGAUAUAAAAAUUAAAGUGGAUAGGACUACUCUAAAGAUAGUACUGCUUACUAGUCCAGAAUAAGCUACUAGAAUUAAUAAAAUCAAUAGCAAAAAGUGAGUCUAGUUUAAAACUAGUCCUUUGAGAUUAAUAGAAACAAUUCUGGAAUCGCAAGCAACUUCGAUAACUAGAAUCAUAAUAGGAAUGACAGCGAGUUUUUCAGUAAAUUCAACGUAGGAGAUCAAAAUAACCAGGAGUCUUUAAGAAAUGUCAGUGCAAGCAAAUAGAUUCAAAAUCCCAAUAAUAAUCAAAGCAAGAAGAGUAUUAAAAAUGUAUAUGAAAAAAGCAAUAACUGCCGCAUUUUCUGA